AUGGCUCGCCUUGGCUCUUUGACGGUGCUAUUCUUGAUCCUCUUCGCUUCCCUGUGUUCAUGUCUAGAAGGCAGAAAGCUUCAUGUUGGUGCAGACAAACACAGCAAAAAGGUUGACCCAUCUUCAAGGAACAGUUUGUUUCUGAGUUCACUUCCAAAGGGCACUGUUCCAUCUUCCACACCGAGCAGGAAAGGCCACUCUACCGAGGUUGAUGAGAAGCUCAUUGCACGUCACCUCAUUAGCACUGAACGACAUCUUACACAAUCUGUUCCUAGCCCUGGUGCUGGCCAUUGA